CCGUGGCAGUCGGAGCGGGAGCCGGGAGGAGGAAGGCGGCGGCAGCGGUUCCUUGUGCCCGCUCGGGCUGUCUAGCCCUCCGAGACCGCCGGCCCGCGGAGCCUCGUCCCCCCGGGCAGCCCCGGGCCCCUGCCCUAUGUCCCGCAAGGCGAGCGAGAAUGUGGAGUACACGCUGCGGAGCCUGAGCAGCCUGAUGGGCGAGCGGCGCAGGAAGCAGCAGGAGCCGGACGCGGCGAGCACGGCUGGGGAGCGCAGCCUCCUGGCGGCCGCCGAGUCCAGCGCCAGCCUGCAGGGCUCGGGCGGCGGCGGCGUCGGGGACCUGGAGCGCGCGGCGCGGAGGCAGUUCCAGCAGGACGAGACCCCCGCCUUCGUGUACGUGGUGGCAGUCUUCUCCGCGCUGGGCGGCUUCCUGUUCGGCUAUGACACCGGGGUGGUGUCGGGGGCCAUGCUGCUGCUCAAGCGGCAGCUCAGCCUGGACGCGCUGUGGCAGGAGCUGCUCGUGUCCAGCACGGUGGGGGCGGCCGCAGUCUCGGCGCUGGCUGGCGGGGCCCUCAACGGCGUCUUCGGCCGCCGCGCCGCCAUCCUGCUGGCCAGUGCCCUCUUCACCGCCGGCUCCACGGUGCUGGCUGCGGCGAACAACAAGGAGACGCUGCUCGCCGGCCGCCUGGUUGUAGGGCUCGGCAUCGGCAUUGCUUCUAUGACAGUGCCAGUGUACAUCGCUGAGGUCUCACCCCCCAAUUUAAGAGGUCGAUUAGUCACCAUUAAUACCCUCUUCAUCACGGGAGGGCAGUUCUUUGCAAGUGUUGUUGAUGGAGCCUUCAGUUAUCUCCAGAAAGAUGGAUGGAGGUACAUGCUGGGACUUGCAGCAAUUCCAGCAGUUAUACAGUUUUUUGGCUUUCUCUUUUUACCUGAAAGCCCUCGAUGGCUUAUUCAGAAAGGACAGACUCAAAAGGCCCGUAGAAUUUUAUCUCAGAUGCGUGGUAACCAGACCAUUGAUGAGGAGUAUGAUAGCAUCAAAAACAACAUUGAAGAAGAGGAAAAAGAGGUUGGCUCAGCCGGACCUGUGAUCUGCAGAAUGCUGAGUUAUCCCCCAACUCGCCGAGCUUUAAUUGUGGGUUGUGGCCUACAAAUGUUCCAACAGCUCUCAGGCAUUAACACCAUCAUGUACUACAGUGCAACCAUUCUGCAGAUGUCUGGUGUUGAAGAUGAUAGACUUGCAAUAUGGCUGGCUUCAGUUACAGCCUUCACAAAUUUCAUUUUCACACUUGUGGGUGUCUGGCUUGUUGAGAAAGUGGGUCGCAGAAAGCUUACGUUUGGUAGUUUAGCAGGUACCACCGUAGCACUCAUUAUUCUUGCUUUGGGAUUUCUGCUAUCAGCCCAGGUUUCUCCACCCAUCACUUUUAAUCCAAUAGCUCCUUUAGAUCAGAACACUUCUUGCACAAGAUACAGUUACUGUAAUGAAUGUAUGUUGGAUCCAGACUGCGGUUUCUGCUAUAAGAUGAAUAAAUCAGCUGUCAGUGACUCCUCCUGUGUUCCAGUUAAUAAAGCAUCUACAAACGAGGCAGCCUGGGGCAGGUGUGAAAAUGAAACCAAAUUCAAAACAGAAGAAGUAUUUUGGGCUUACAAUUUCUGCCCUACUCCAUACUCCUGGACUGCACUUCUGGGCCUUAUUUUAUAUCUUGUUUUCUUCGCACCUGGAAUGGGACCAAUGCCUUGGACUGUGAAUUCUGAAAUAUAUCCCCUUUGGGCAAGAAGUACAGGAAAUGCAUGUUCAUCUGGAAUAAAUUGGAUUUUCAAUGUUCUGGUUUCAUUGACAUUUUUACACACAGCAGAGUAUCUUACAUACUAUGGAGCCUUCUUCCUCUAUGCUGGAUUCGCUGCUGUGGGUCUCCUUUUCAUCUACGGCUGUCUUCCUGAGACCAAAGGGAAAAAAUUAGAGGAAAUUGAAUCACUCUUUGAUAACAGGCUAUGUACAUGUGGUACUUCAGAUUCUGAUGAAGGGAGAUAUAUUGAAUAUAUUCGGGUGAAAGGAAGUAACUAUCAUCUUUCUGACAAUGACGCUUCUGAUGUGGAAUAAUUGUCAGCUGCUGAUAUAUUUAGUCAUUUAAACAAACUUGGGAGAGAAGAACAGCAAUUGGUGACCUCACUGCCCUGCUUUUAAUCUGGUUCUUUCCACAGUCUAGUUUUGAAUGACUUCAUAUUCUAGACUAUUUGAUUCCAAGGAAGAUACAAUCACAAUGACAUUUUUUUUCACAAGCAGAGA